UACCGGUAGUCAUAUUGGAGCCAUCAGUCUUACUAAUUUGCGCCACAGUGUAGGCUACUGUGCCGCGGACGUCAGCGCUCAACUGCAGGAGUCAAACAUCUUUUCACAAAACACAUUUAAAAGUCACAUUAGGUUUCUAAGGAAUACAUUUACAAUGACUGAUAGUCUUAAUUCCAGCAGUUGUAACUGCUCCAUCGCGCAGGAAGCGUUUGGUUUAUCCGAGGGACACGUUGCGCACGUGAAAGCUGCAGUUCUUGGGUGCAUUUUUGUGCUGGCAUCAUUUAGCAAUUUAUUCAUCCUCCAUGCCCUUUGGAAAAGACGGAAAAGACGUACUCGAACUCAGCUAUUUCUUCUGCACCUGUGCUUGGCUGACCUGGUGGUCGCUUUCUUUCAAGUCCUGCCGCAGUUAUCCAUGGAGAUCACGCACCGGUUCAAAGGCUCAGAUCUGGUGUGCAGAGCAGUUAAGUAUCUUCAAGUGGUCGGGAUGUUCGCGUCCACGUAUAUGAUCGUGGCCAUGACCAUAGAUCGCUAUCACGCAGUCUGUAGACCUAUGGUGUCGUUCUUCAGGGGGUCUUUCCGCAGGUAUGUUGCCAUAAGCGCAGCAUGGCUCAUCUCCCUGGCGUUCAGUGCUCCGCAGAUGUUCAUCUUCUCUCUGCAAGAAGUUGAGAAGAAUGUUUUCGAUUGCUGGGCGACAUUUAUUGAGCCCUGGGGAAGCAGAAUAUACAUAACGUGGAUCACUCUGUCCGUGUUUGUUCUGCCAGCUGUAAUCUUGAUCUAUUGUCAGAUAAAGAUUUGCGCAGGGAUCUAUUUCAACAUGAAGAGGAAAGCCUUGCAGGGCAGCACGGGUGAUGGGCGCUCCAGCUCUAAAGGAAUAUCAAGCGCAAUGAUGAAGACUGUCAAAAUGACUUUCGUUAUCAUCCUGGUGUACACCCUCUGCUGGAGCCCGUUCUUCGUGGUCCAGCUCUGGUCAGCUUGGAGUCCGAACAGUGCGCCCGCACAAGGGCCAGUGUUUGUCACUAUCAUGCUCCUCGCCAGUCUUAACAGCUGCACAAACCCAUGGAUCUACCUGUACUACAGCUAGAACCUCAUGGACACUGAUCACCCACCGUUCCUGCUGUUUAAGAGUGCAUGAAAAUGUUCUCAGCAUACACUUACACACCAGUUUUCCUGCCUUUUCAAUAACUAAAAUGAUUUUGGUUAUGGAAAUUUUCUGCAUACUUUGGCAUGAUCAGUUGUUUCUAUUUU